CUCUGCGAGCCCUAGAGUGGGAUUUGCUCUGUACGGGAAACACUCUGGCUACAACUUGCACAGUUUGUUUUGGUUUUACUCGCUGAGAGUCUUAAGGAGGACUACUAGGAGGAAAAUAACAGCCAGCACCCGGGACUUUUAGCCCCAUCUGGGUCUCUCUUCAUAGCAAUAAGCCCUGGUUUUGGUUUACACUGAGUCUGAAGGCCGCCGGUCUGCAAAACGAAGUGGACCAUGCAAAAUAAUGAGCGGUCUGUGGACGACAGCCAAAGGGACAGUGAUGACUCCCCAGAUUCUCCCGAGCCGGAGCCCUUCCUGUGCAUGGAGCCCCUCCUGGUGCGGAGGCUGUCCUGCAGGACCCUGCAGCUCCCCCCCCUGGCCUUCAGACAGGCCGAGCAGUACUACUACGCCCACAGGCCGGAGGCGGACACGGCCCUCCCCAAGCCCCCGCGGCCCACCACCCUGCCGCUACGCACCCCGCCACUCAUCGCCAUCACCGCUGCCGACGCUGAAAGGUAG